AUGGGAAACAUCAGCAGCAGCGGAGGCGACGGUAGACGCCGUAGACGGCGGAGCAACACCCUUCCAACGGCGGGUCCUCCACCACCUCCUUCUCUUCCUCCCCCACCUCCUCCGGCGACAGAAAUCCCACCAGGUAACCACAUCGUAUUCGCCGCCGCUACACCGUACCCAAACCCAAACCCAAAUCAGCAUUACCAGUACCCUGGCUACUACCCUCCUCUCCCGGGACCGUACGACCCCCACCACCACCACCACAAUCCUCACUACCCUCCGCAGCAUCCUUAUCACCACCACCCUCAGCCUUGGACAGCCGGCGGGAGAUACCCUUACGGUGGGCCCAUGGUACAUGCGCCGCCUCCUUACGUCGAGCAUCAGAAAGCCGUCACGAUUCGCAACGACGUCAAUCUCAAGAAGGAGACUUUGAAGCUCGAACCCGACCCGGAUUUCCCGGAUCGGUUCCUCGUCUCCUUCACCUUUGAUGCUACCGUCUCCGGAAGGAUUAGUGUCAUUUUCUUUGCUAAAGAAUCAGAAGAAUGUAACCUCGUAGCGACAAAGGAAGAUGUUCUGCCGCCAAUCACCAUGGAUUUCGAGAAAGGACUUGGUCAGAAGUUUAAACAAGCAUCUGGUUCGGGUAUAGAUUUGUCAGUCUUUGAAGACGCUGAGCUGUUCAAGGCUGCAGACACAGAUGUAUAUCCGCUGGCGGUUAAAGCAGAAGCAGUAGCUCCUCCAGGUGAGGAGGGUGAAGAGAAGAGGCUGGGGUCGAAGAAUGCGCAGAUAACACAAGCGGUUUAUGAGAAGGAGAAAGGAGAGGUUAAGAUAAGAGUGGUGAAGCAGAUACUAUGGGUUAAUGGAGAGAGGUAUGAGCUGCAGGAGAUUUAUGGGAUUGGGAAUACGGUUGAUGGCGGUGAGGAUUCAGCUGACGAUGCUAAUGAUCCGGGAAAAGAAUGUGUUAUCUGUUUGUCUGAGCCACGUGACACGACUGUUCUUCCUUGUCGACACAUGUGUAUGUGCAGCGGGUGUGCUAAGGUGUUGAGGUUUCAGACAAAUCGAUGCCCGAUUUGCAGACAACCUGUGGAGAGGCUGUUGGAGAUUAGAGUUCACGGUAAUGGCGGAAGCGGGAACAGUACCGGACAAGGAGGAACAGCUGAGCAAGAGUAG